AAGGACCGGGCGAAAGCCCCCGCGAAGAAGAAAGAGGACCCGAGUGCCAUCAAAGAACGGGAGGUCCCCCAGCAUCCCUCUUGCUUGUUCUUCCAGUAUAAUACACAGCUGGGCCCCCCUUAUCACAUCCUGGUUGACACUAACUUCAUCAACUUCUCCAUCAAGGCCAAGCUAGACCUAGUGCAGUCAAUGAUGGACUGUCUCUAUGCCAAGUGUAUUCCAUGUAUCACAGAUUGUGUAAUGGGUGAAAUCGAGAAGCUGGGACAGAAGUACCGUGUGGCACUAAGGAUUGCCAAGGACCCUCGGUUUGAACGCCUGCCAUGUAUGCACAAAGGAACCUAUGCAGAUGACUGCUUGGUACAAAGAGUCACUCAGCACAAAUGUUACAUUGUGGCCACAGUGGAUAAGGAGCUCAAGCGGAGAAUAAGAAAAAUCCCUGGAGUGCCUAUAAUGUAUAUUUCCAGGCACAGAUACAAUAUUGAGAGGAUGCCAGAUGAUUAUGGAGCUCCUCGAUUCUAACCUGUCCAGCCAAGCCAUCGAUGCCAGGACUCUGAGCCAGGAUAAGAGUCCAUCUAGUUCCAACCAUCCUGCUUUCUUUUUUGCUGGGACUCUGCUCACAGGACUGUGGGUAACAUUGAACUGACUUCUUUGCCUUGAUUUUCUAAGAAAAAGCUACUUGGAAGAGUCUGGGUUUACUCAUCUUUGUUCUGAC